GUAUAUAUAUAUAUGCAAUAGAAAGAAAGAAAAAGGAAGUCAAAGAAUGACAUAAAGUUCCUCAAUCUUUGGGUAAAGAUGAUGAACUCUACAAAAAGUUUUAAUAGUAACUUUAUGGGUUACUUUGUCCUAUUUGUUUGGGGUUUUGUGUUGAUGGAGGUUGGUUUUGGACAAAACCAAGCAACUGAAAUCAAAGUAGGAGUAGUGCUUGAUCUCCAAACUUUAUUUUCCAAGAUCUGCCUCACUUCUAUGAACAUGUCGUUGUCCGAUUUCUAUAAAAAACAUACUGAUUACACAACACGGCUUGCGAUUCACGUAAGAGAUUCCAUGGAAGAUGUUGUUCAAGCUUCAGCUGCAGCCUUGGACCUAAUCAAGAACGAGGAAGUGAGCGCCAUCAUUGGGCCAAGAAGCUCCAUGCAAACCGAGUUUAUGAUCAGGCUAGCCAACAUAUCACAAGUACCGACCAUCACGUUUUCGGCUACAUGCCCUUCACUGACAUCCAUCAAUAGCCCUUACUUCGUCCGAGCCACUCUGGACGACUCAUCCCAGGUCAGAGCCAUUGCGGCCAUUAUCAAAUCAUUCGGCUGGAGAAACGUUGUUGCUGUGUAUGUGGACAACGAAUUUGGAAAAGGAAUAAUGUCUUACUUGUCUGACGCUUUAAAUGACGUACAAGCUUUCGUAGUCAAUAGAUGUUUGAUCCCUCAGGAUGCUAAUGAUGAUCAGAUUCUCAAGGAGCUUUAUAAGCUAAUGACUAUGCAAACGAGGGUAUUCGUUGUCCACAUGCCACCAACUCUCGGUUUUCGGUUUUUUCAGAAAGCCAGAGAGAUCGGGAUGAUGGAGGAAGGAUAUGUAUGGUUAUUGACAGAUGGAGUGAUGAAUUUAAUAAAAUCUAACGAACGUGGUAGCAGUUUUGAGAAUAUGCAAGGGGUUUUAGGCGUGAGGAGCCAUAUCACUAAAUCAAAAGACCUAGAAGAUUUCAGAUUGAGAUGGAAGAAAACGUUUGAGAAGAAGAACUCACUGAAGGGGGAUGAUGUAGAGCUGAACAUUUUUGUAUUAAGAGCAUAUGAUUCGAUCACUGCCUUAGCCAUGGCCGUGGAGAACACCAACAUAAAGAGUCUGUGGUAUGAUAAUCCGAUCGCUUCUGCAAACAACAAGACAGAUCUAGGGACCCUAAAGGUCUCUCGCUAUGGUCCAAGUCUUCUAGAGGCUCUUUCGAACGUAAGAUUCAAGGGUUUAGCCGGAGAGUUUAAACUCGUUAAUCGGCAGUUCGAAUUAUCAGCGUUUGAAGUCAUCAAUAUUAUUGGAAAUGAAGAGAGAAUUAUCGGAUUCUGGAGACCAGGCAAUGGACUUGUGAAUGCUAAUUCAAACAAAACAACGUUGUUAGGAGGGGAGAGGUUCGGGCCAGUGAUAUGGCCAGGGAAGUCACAUGUUGUUCCGAAAGGUUGGGAGAUUCCAACGAAUGGGAAGAUGCUUAGAGUGGGCGUUCCAGUGAAGAAAGGCUUCUUAAAUUUUGUGGAUGCAAAGAAAGAUCCGAUCACUAACGAAUUGACUCCAACGGGUUACUGUAUUGACGUCUUCGAAGCUGCUCUUAAAAAGUUGCAUUACUCAGUCAUUCCUAAAUAUAUUGCUUUCGUGUCUCCAGAUGAGAACUACGACGAAAUGGUAUACCAAGUCUAUAAUGGGACGUACGACGCAGUUGUGGGAGAUGUAACCAUCAUAGCAAACAGGUCACUGUAUGUUGAUUUCACGCUACCAUACACAGAGUCUGGAGUGUCUAUGAUGGUGCCGCUCAAGGAAAACAGGAACAAGAACACAUGGGUGUUCCUAAAACCUUGGAGCUUAGACCUAUGGGUCACCACUACUUGCUUUUUCGUAUUCAUUGGGUUCAUUGUGUGGAUUUUAGAACACAGAGUCAACACCGACUUUCGUGGACCACCUCACCACCAGAUAGGAACCAGUUUCUGGUUUGCUUUCUCCACUAUGAACUUUGCUCACCGUGAGAAGGUGGUGAGCAAUUUAGCGAGGUUUGUGGUGUUAGUGUGGUGCUUCGUGGUGCUUGUGCUGAUUCAGAGCUAUACAGCGAAUCUCACCUCUUUCCUCACAGUUCAACGGUUCCAACCAGAGGUCACAAAUUGGAAAGAUCUCAUAAAAAAUAAUGAAUAUGUAGGGUACCAACGAGGCACUUUCGUGGGUAAUCUUUUGGAAAGUCAAGGGUUUCAGAAAUCUCAGCUCAAACCUUUUGGUUCUGCCGAAGAAUGCGACGAGCUUUUUUCCAAUGGGACAAUCGCAGCAUCUUUCGACGAAGUGGCCUACCUUAAACUGAUCCUUUCUAAGAACUGCUCUAGAUAUGCUAUGGUAUUCCCCAAGAAUUCACCUUUGACGGAUGAUGUCUCAAGGGCGAUCUUGAACGUGACUCAAGGCGAAGAAAUGCAAAAUAUAGAGAAUAAAUGGUUCAAGAAACAAAGUGAUAAUUGUCCUGAUCCAAAGAACGAUCUUUCAUCCAACAGUCUCAGCGUCAGUAGCUUCUGGGGUUUGUUUCUAAUAGCAGGCAUCGCUUCGUUCCUGGCACUUCUCAUCUUCGUUGUCACCUUCUUGUACGAACACAAGCUCACACUCUUCGCUGACUCUGAACAUUCCUUCCCUAGAAAGUUAAAAUCUUUGGUUAGAAUUUUUGAUGAGAAAGACAUAAAGUCUCAUACGUUCAAGGAGAAUGCCGUUCAUAAUGUGAGUUCACCUAUUACUCAAGGAAGUUCAACCCCUUUGACCGAUCAGGGCACUCCAUUGCCACGAAGUUCAUCACAAAAUAGGGAGUUUGAAUCAAGAAGUGUGCCUUCCAUCCCGAACGGAGAACUAUUCACUCUGCAAUCAAAACAAGUUGAAGAUGAGGAAUCUACUAUUAAUGUGAAGGUGAAAUGAUUAAAAGAAGUUGCAAAAGCGCAUAACAAAUUAGCCACUCCAGUUGUAUUGUUUUCUUUCCAUUUUUUUUUUUUUUUUAAAUAAAAUAUUUUAUAUUUACGAAUGGGUUUUCCCAAUUUUAAUUGGACAAGGCCUUGGAACAUACAAUAUUAGAGAGGUACAAAAUGGAAAUAACAUGAAAUCGGCCCAUUAACAAAAAAAAUAUCUUCU